AAAAUAAUAAUAAUAAUAUUUAAUAUUGUGACUUACGUUCAUUUACGCGUUACGUUCGAUUACGUUACGUUAGUUUUUAACGUUUACGUUGCAUUUAAAGUACAACACAUUACUGCCCCUUCACCAAAACCAAAACCAAGCAACCCAAUGUGCCGACAACAAAGUCAAGUUAAAACCAAUAAAUAGUGGAGAAGGAGCAGGCAAAGCAAUCGGGGAAAACAAGGUGCUCUCUAUAGCUAAAUGGCUAAUCGUAGGAUCGCUGGUACCAUUGCAGCUUGGCUUGAUUCAUGCCGCUAGCCGCCGAUAGCACAGACGACGAGGCCAGCUGUUGCCAGGAUACGGAUCAGGACACUGUACAGGUAGCAGCAGCAGCGUUAGCAACGUUAGCGUUACCGCUGGCACAAUAGCAGGAGGAGACGACGGCGGCGGCAGCAGCAGCAGCAGGCAGCAGCUGUAGCAGGGUAACCAAAACACGCGCACGCCAAUAUUGAUGAUGAUGAUGGGGCCAUGAGCCCAUCAUUACUCGCAUUGAAUUGGAGUCGCAAGCGCGUCUCAAGCGGGCCUGCACCAUGCUAGCACCGCCGAACCCGAGGUCAAUAUGCGGCCAGGACCCGGGCUGGUCGUGAUGGCGCUUGCGUUUAUUUCGGGGGCUCGGCGUGCCAGCACCACCAGCAGCAACCAACCAACAGCAACAACAAUACGAACAAUAACGACGGAGGAGGGAGGAGCAACAUCAGCAGCAACAGUUACAGCAACUGGAGCAGGAGCAGGAGUAGGUUCAGGAGCAGUGUCAACGUUACCGUCCAGCUACGACUCGUCGCAAGAUUCGUCGUCCAGCUUUUGGCACUUUCAGCUGCCAGAAUAUCGCCUCGAACCGCACGUGGACGUCGGCAGAGUCGCCCGAGACGGCAGCGGCGCCAGCAGCAGCAGCGACAGUGGUAAUCAGCGCGGUCUUGAUCAUCAGCUGAGCUUUGAUUUCUAUCGCCGGCCAGGUGACGAAGCGCUGUACGCCUCAUCGACGCGCCGCGCUCGCAGCUUCGACGAGGCGGCCGGAGCGGGGCUGAGUGCUCCAGAAUCAAGCGAGGCAACGCUGCUGGACGAGGAGCAGGACAACAGCGGUCUACCGGUACAAUACGCAUCAUCGCGUGCCUUUGACGACCAGCCGGACGAGGAUAUCUUUGCGCUUGUCGCCGAGGACGAUCUGCUGUCCGAGGAGUCCUUUGAUCGGCUUAUCAAGCUGAGCGAAGACGCCGACAACGCGGUCGCCGAGCGGGAACGGGAACGAGAACGAGAGCAGGAGCAAGAGGAGGAGGACUACUCGCUCACCUUGACGCCACAGCGGGACGAGAGUCAACAUCAACCGGUCGAUGAGAGCGAGAGAGUGUUGCCAGCGGAACAAAAACAGAGCAACAGUAGCAGCAGCAGCAGCAACAGCAACAAGAAGCGCGAUACUGCUGGUGAAGCGGAGCUCGGGAGCAGGGACGACGCCUAUGCGUCGCAUUUGAUUGCAGUUGGUGGACAGGACGGCGGAGUGGAGACCGCUGCUGCAUCAAUAACAACAAAAAUAGCUAAUACAAAUAUAAAUACAACAACAACGACAGCAACGCCAGUGGAUCUUAAAAAGUCAAUACUCGGCACUGCAACCGCCCUAACACGCCUUAAUCCUUGGAUAUCAGCUUGUGAUCUGGCACAGCCGGGCACAACCGGCAUCGACUUGCAAGGUCAGUGCUCGGCUGGUACACUGCCCAUGGCUUGGGUCGAUGAGGGACCAGGCCCGCCAAUAUGCCCGCGUUCCUGUAACGAACAGCAGCCCAUAGAGAGUGCGAGCGGCAGUGAAAGCAGUGCAAGCUCGAGCGAUAGUAAAUUAAAGUAUUUUAUAAAUACAAACUCGCCUAACUUUAAGUCGCGUGCCAGCCGCAGUAGCAGUAACCACAAAGCCAUGCCCAAAGUCAGACGCGAAUUGCGGGACUGGGCAGCGGAAACGGAAGCCAGCAGCACCACAACCGAACAGAACGAGCAGCAGCUGGAGCUGGAGCAGGGAACAGCAGCAGAGUCUUCCACCACCACCACCACCACCAGCACCACCACAAGAACAACAGGAACAAGCAAUGCGGAUGAGCUGCCCUACAGUCAUCUGCAAGCCACCGAACAACUGAGUGCCAAAGAACAUAAUGAACAACAACAACAGUGCCUUGAUUAUCUGGGCGAUGCGGCCGAGACGAGUCCUCAGCAUUUAUGCAAAAAUCUGCGUGCGCCCGGUCAGCUGCUCUCGCGUCUACGCACGCUGCGGCUGCGUCACUGCUGCGAGCGCAGCGUGUUCAGUGCUCUGCACACUCUGGCGCUGAACUCGACACUCUCGGAUCCCGACGAGUGCGUGCGCCUGCUCAGCGAUCUGCUGGACGUGGAUGCGUUGGCCAAUCGCAUUACCUGCGAGCUGGCCGAGAUUCUGUUUCGCUUCGACUGUCGUCAGGUGUACUCGCUAAUAAAUCAGUGCGACGACUGCAAGGAAGCUUAUCGUCGCUGGGUUUGCAGCACGCUAGUGCCGUAUUUUGCCGAGCCAGAGGAUGUGGAGCCCGUGCCUGCGCCAGCGCCAGCAGCCGAUGACCUGACGCCAGCAACUAACAAGAGUAAGCGCUCCAUACGCACUGGAAAUCGAACGCGAGAGCGCGAAGAAGUUGGGCAGGUGGUGGUGGCGCUGGGGGAGAAGCAUAAAUCUUUGAAAUUAAUCAGCAAUAACAAUAAAUCAAAUGACGGCAAUAACAUGAACGAGCGUCAGAUUAAUCAGGAGCAUGACGAGGACUAUGAGUCUGGGAAUGCCAACGAGCACGAAAACGAAAACGAAAAUUCAAUUGCCAAUGCGAAUGGGAAUGGGAAUGAAAACAUUCAAAGGUUCUACCAUAUUGUUGGCCUGCCCCAACAGCAACAACAACACAGCAACGGCAACGGCAACAAGAAGAAUAAAAAGAACUGCGUACCCAAAGUGGAGCAACAAUUCAAUAAUUUCAUAUCGACUGCCAAUAAUGCGGAUCCCAGCGCAAUGGAUCCAGUGAUAUCAAAGCUACAAAAGAGAUCAACACGCAAGACAGAGUUCCGCAUGCGUCGCCGCAUACGGCCCUGCCUGAGCGUGUGCCAAACAGUGGAACAAAAGUGCCCCUAUUUGCUGCCCGCCGAUCGCGCUCCCGCGCUGCCCACCCAAUAUGCCGGCGAGCCGACAUUUCUAUGCCUAGAUCAAAACAUACCCGAGACCGGUGAGCAGUUGAAGAAGUCCAGCUAUGGACCCAACGACUGCUGCUACAGCUACUGCAACGGACCCAUGCAGGGCAUUUGCACCGUUUGCCAGGAGUUCGCUGGCCCAAGGAACGAGAGUGGCGCGGCGAAUGCGACGAGCGCACGUCGUGUGCACAACAUUACGCUGACUAUGGGCUCGCCGGCUGGGGAACAUGCGCGCGCCGCCAGCGUGGCUGUGGCUCUGAGGAAUGUCACUGUGCGCACUGCGGCGCCAAGUGGAGCUGAGCUUCUGGAGCGACUGCCGUACUAUGCGCGCGACGACAGCGUCUAUUACUAUGACGAGGACGAGGGCGAUGACAUGCCUGAGCUGGCGAUCUCCGGCGGAUGCGCCGCCGUGCCGACCGUGAGCAGUCGCUGCGAGAUUCCCUACUAUGCAUCCGGCAUGGCGCCGACGCCGCCCACACAGCUGCUUGUUUGGUUGAGCGCACUGCUCGGUCUGCUGAGCAGCUGUGGCGCGGGAGCGGCGCGCCAGCGCUACGGCCGCGUGCGUGGACGAACGUACUGUGCGGCCAGCUGUCACGAGCUGUUGGCGCGUCCAGCGCAGGACGCGAUGGCAGCAGCGGCAGCAGCAGCAGAUGGCGCCAGUAAGCGAAGCACGCACAAAGGCAACGGAAGUGGCAGUGGCAGAAGUUCGAGCUGCGGUCUGGGCUGGAAGCAGCAGCAAUAUGUGCGCUGGCUGCGCUCGUGGGCCUGGGCAUGGGUCUGGUCGCUGAUUGCGUAUAAGCCCAAGUGUAGAAAAGUGCGAUACUUGAGUAGUGGCAGGAGUAAGUUUAAAGGCGAAACAACUUUUAGAUGUAGUCGUAUACUUAACUAUAGAGACUUGCAACUAAUUCGAAUCAAGUGCAGCGCUAGAUAUAGAAAUUACCGUUACUUCUACUACUACAACUACAACAUAAACGAUUGGUGGCGAAGAUGGACCUCAUACUACAACUACUACUACUACAACAGUCCCAGUCCCACGAGCUCCUCUAGUCCAGCCCCAGUCCCAGUCCCCACCCAUUCAACUCACACUUCGAAUUCGCAUUCAAGCUGCAGACCCACUGGCAAUGGCGCCUUAUAGUGCAUGCAAUUUGUAUGUGGCCAGUUGGCAAAUUGCAGCUGCAAUUUACAAGUAAACGCCAUUAAUUCUAUUUCGUACUCUAGACAACUAAUGCUAGCUAAUUAAAACCAACAAAAAUUAAAAACCAAAAAAAAAAACAAAAACAAACACAACAGAAGAAAUUCAAACGAAAUAAAAUGAAUCGAAAUGAAAUGAAAUGAAAUGAGAGGAAUGGAAAUGGAUUGAAUUGAAUUGAAUUGAGAGCAAAACGUACAGUUAUAGACUAAAUUUGUCGGUUAAGUACCCUUAAACUGAGAAGGCAGCACUUAAAAUAUUUAUGGCCCUUUUUCAAGUGAAUAAACCACAAAAACCAAAACCAAAACCAAAAGUAAAUA